GGAAAUAGAGCUGCGCCAUGUUCGCCCUUCUCCUCCGCUAUGCAGGUCAGCGGUAGAUGUCUUGAGUGUUUCAGCCUCGUGCUGACGAUGGCAACACGUGUUUAAUUGCAAUCGCACAACCUAUCGCGUCUCCCUGCGUUAGUUCUUUCUAUUGUCACUGAUCAAGUCGGAAUGCACUACCUUGUUCGGAUGCUUGUUUGCUAAGACGUUGAAAGAUGAAAGUUUUAGCUCGGUAUUUGUCACUGACUGUGAUCAAUGCAUAUGAAAGCGUAUGAAAAUGUUAACUCUAUGGGCAUCCGGCCACCUUGCCGAUAGAGCCCUCGUUGACAAAUCGCUUCAGGUCCUGCCACCAUCAGCCAAUUAGAUGAGUACAGCGUCAGCCAAGCUCAGGGCCAGAGCGACGUGCGAUCAUACGACCAGGGCUAUCAGUCUGGAUUCAUGGAGGGAGUCACCUCCACCGGCUUCGGUGCUUGCCCUCCCGGAGAAGGCUGUAAGUAAGCAGCGAGCGAUGAAGAGACAUUCGAGAGUUGGAGACUCAAGCAGAACAUUAGCUGCAAGUUAUUACAUGGCCUUUACUUUGUAA